UAUGGUGAGCAACUAUACCCGUAAAAAGAAAAAGGAUGCCGUGUUCCUGAAUGUUAAGCCAACAAUGAAUGGAGUAGUUUCCGUUCGGAAAUACUCGAAUGGCAUCAUGGAUCAAAUGCACAAUGGAUUUAGGAAACAAGUUUAUGAACGGGCCAACAUUCGGCCAUCUCUGGCGACCAUAAGUUCGACAAAUCAGCAAUUCAUUCCCAAUGUGUUCUAUCAGAAUGUGGCUCCAAUAAAGUGGUUCCUGUCCAUGCUUGGCGUACUGCCAAUGAUACGUUCGGGUCCGGGCACUACACGAUUUGUUGCUCGUUCGCUACCAUUUGUCUAUUGUGUGGUGAUCUUUAUCUGUUUAUCGGCCUAUGUGGCUUAUGUCACAAACCAGCGCAUAAUGAUCGUUACUUCGUUAAGCGGUCCAUUCGAGGAGGCAGUGAUUGCUUACCUAUUUCUGGUAAAUAUAUUGCCCAUUUUCAUUAUACCAAUUAUGUGGUGGGAGACUCGAAAAGUGUGUACGUUGUUCAACGACUGGGACGACUUCGAAAUUCUCUAUUAUCAAAUAUCAGGACAUAGCGUGCCCUUGAAUCUGAGACGCCGUGCUCAGAACAUAGUUCUUGUUUUGCCGAUACUAUCAAUACUUUCCGUAAUCGUGACACACAUUACCAUGGCUGAUUUUAGUUUUGUCCAGGUUAUUCCGUAUUGCAUUUUGGAUAAUUUGACAGCUAUGUUGGGUGCUUGGUGGUAUCUCAUUUGUGAGGCUUUGAGUACAACGGCCUAUAUAUUGGCUGAACGUUUUCAAAAGGCUUUACGGCAUAUUGGCCCGGCAGCAAUGGUUGCCGACCAUAGAGCUCUUUGGCUACGACUUAGUAAAUUGACACGUGACACUGGUACCGCCACAUGCUACACAUUCACCUUUCUCAAUCUGUAUCUAUUCUUCAUAAUAACACUGUCCAUCUAUGGCCUUAUGUCUCAACUAUCGGAAGGCUUUGGCAUUAAGGACAUUGGCCUGGCCAUAACAGCCCUUUGGAACAUUUGCCUGCUGUUUUUCAUUUGCGAUCAAGCCCACAAUGCCUCGCUAUAUGUUCGAACCAAUUUCCAAAAGAAACUACUGAUGGUCGAACUGAAUUGGAUGAAUUCGGAUGCACAGACCGAAAUCAAUAUGUUUUUACGAGCCACCGAAAUGAACCCAUCGAAUAUUAAUUGUGGUGGAUUUUUCGACGUUAAUCGCAAUCUCUUUAAAGGGCUCUUGACAACGAUGGUCACAUAUCUUGUGGUGUUGCUGCAGUUCCAGAUCAGCAUUCCAAAUAUAAUUCAGGGUACCAAUUCAAAUAUGACAUUAAUCGAAGCCAUAACGAUGAUGAUAACAGACAGCGAUUACAGUGGAGAAAGCGAAGAGGUUACCACCCCUACCACGACCACAAUGAUGCCAAGGACCACAAAAGCAAUAUCCACUGGGACAAGGGGCCGUAAAGGCUAA